UCGGUUAAUUAUUUAGGUUGCAAUUUUAAUGAAUGUGUUAUGUUUUAAUUGGUGUGGGACAAGUAUUGGCUCAGAAAUUUGUGAAUUUGGCUCUUUUUUUCUUUUCUUUUUUUCGGGUAAGGCUGGAUGUUAGUUGUUGUAACUCACAAUAUAUUCAUUGGAGAUCACAUAAAUAAUAUUAAGCGAGUAAUGACAAUUGUGAUAAAUUGAUUUGAACAAACCCAUCUCAGCAAUUUUGUUUUUCAUAGUGUCUUUAUUUUUGGAAUAAAAAAGGUAGUUAAAGCAAUAAUGGGUGCCUGCCUGUCAUUUUGCUAAACAUAGUAGUUUUUGACUAAGUCUUAUGCCUUUCCAAAUUCAUUGGGAUAUGAAGGAAGUCUAAGAAAAUCAAACAUUGUGUGAAACUUCUCUUUGUUCAUUCUUUGAGAGAUCAACUGGUUUUUCCAGGGAAGUAUUGAUAUCUCCAAUGCACUUGAAUCAUUUCUUUUUCUUGUGUGCUUGCUUUUGUCAUUGAGAGAGAAUAUUAUUUCAAUUCCAAUUUGAAUGAGAUUGUGGUCGUUUUGAAGCCCUGGUACAAAUCCAAAAGAAACGGAAAAUUGAAGGAAAAAGAAAAUGAGCUGCUUCUCCUGUUGUAUGUCACAAGAAAAAGUCGAUAGAAAGUCUUUGAAGAAGAGCAUUAAGGAAUACCAAGACACCAAAAUUUUGGCCUCAUUCGCUAACAUAUCCUUCAAAAGUGAUAGCAGCAAACGUAGGUACAUAACUGAAGAGAUAAGCAAGAUUGGUAAAGGAAAUAUAACUGCACAGAUCUUUGCCUUUCGCGAGUUAUGUGUUGCAACCAAAAACUUUCACCCUGACAAUCUUCUUGGUGAAGGCGGCUUUGGAAGGGUCUACAAAGGAAAUAUUGAAAGCAAAAAUCAAGUAGUUGCUGUUAAGCAACUUGACAGGAAUGGAUUCCAAGGAAAUAGGGAAUUUCUAGUAGAGGUUCUAAUUUUAAGUCUUCUUCAUCAUCCUAACCUAGUAAGUUUGGUUGGCUAUUGUGCGGAUGGCGAUCAGAGAAUUUUGGUUUAUGAAUACAUGCCUAAUGGAUCGCUCGAGGAUCAUCUUCUUGAACUAGCUCCAGAUACCACUGCUUUGGAUUGGAAUACACGAAUGAAAAUUGCAGCAGGCGCAGCAAAAGGACUUGAAUACUUGCAUGAACAAGCCAAUCCCCCUGUGAUAUACCGUGAUUUUAAGGCAUCCAACAUACUAUUGGACAAGGAGUUUAAUCCAAAACUUUCUGAUUUUGGACUAGCAAAGUUGGGUCCAACUGGAGAUAAAUCUUAUGUAUCAACAAGGGUCAUGGGGACCUACGGCUACUGCGCACCAGAAUAUGCUUUAACUGGCCAAUUGACAACAAAAUCUGAUGUUUAUAGCUUUGGAGUGGUAUUCUUGGAGAUAAUCACAGGAAGAAGAGUGAUAGACCAUACAAGACCAGUUGAUGAGCAAAAUCUAGUUGUUUGGGCACAACCACUAUUCAAAGACAGAAGGAAGUUUACUAUAAUGGCUGAUCCAUUGCUUAAAGGGAACUAUCCUGUGAAGGCUCUAUACCAAGCACUUGCUGUUGCAGCAAUGUGUCUACAAGAGGAAGCCGCUACUCGACCGCUCAUCAGUGAUGUUGUGACAGCCCUUGAAUUUUUAGCAACAAGCAAAAGUGAGGAAGAAGUAGUGGAAUCAACUUCUCCUAAUAAAGAUAUUGAUGGAGAUUCUGAUAUUGAUACUGAUAGAUCAGAAGAUAGCAUAAGGGAAAGAAAUAGUAUAUGAUGGAAGUUUUAUUGCAACUUAGAUGAAGUUCUACCCAAUUGUUGUUGAUUCAAAGAUCGACUUGUUUAAUGUGUGGUGAGAUGAGAAUCUUGGUGAUUGUAAUUGAUUGGUUGUGGUUGUGUUGGUUAAAUUUAUGAAAAAAGAAACCAAAAUGAGUGUGAUGAUAUUGAAUGAGUUUGUGAAAUUAUUAAUCAAGAUAACUAGGACUAUGACAUAUUAAGUGUGAUUGCAAUUCCUAAGAAGAGAGUUCAUUGUAUGUUUGUAACUAAGUGUGAGAGAGAGAGAGAGUACGAUACUUGUUACAAUACCACAUUGAAAACACUCAUGUAUGAAAAAUCGACCUAUUAGAAAUUGGAUAUAAAUAAAAGGCUUCUUAACCUC